AUGCUGUGUGGUUUGCUGGGAGAUUUGCUUCAGUUUUCUCUACAUCCAACGGCAGGCAAGCGUUGCAACUGGUUCUCGGCGUCGCUGAAGCGACUCCUGCCGGUCAGGAUCACAAAGGUGGACCACGCCAAGUCCGUGGUGAUCGCUACCUUCGAAUCGGAUAGCGCAGUUUGGAAGAGUGUGCAUUUUUUGCUGCUGGGACAACCGGACUGUCCUCUGAGAGGUCCUGAACCUGGUCAGGAGAGCAGUGACGAGGAAGAGGGCCACAGCCGACGAACCGGGCGGCGUUCGAGGACCCCGGAUGUCUGGGAGCAAGAGCGGCGCCGCGUCAUCGCAACACAGGAGGCCGUUUUGGCGGCAGAGCGCCAAGAAGAAGAGCGACGCAAAAAGCAACAAGAGGAGGAGCAGCGGCGAAAAGCGGCCCAGGAGAUCGAGCGUCAGAAGGUGCAGGCUGCCUUUGAGCAGAGGAAGAAGGAGGCGGAGGAGCAACGUCUCAGGGAAGAGGAGGAGUGGCGUGCCAGGCUGGUGGAGAGGCGGAAGAAAGAAGCCGCUGAAGAGGAGGAGCGACUUCGCCGCGAAGAGGAGGAGCGACAGGAGAGAAAGAGGAAAAGGAAAGAAGAAAAAGAUCGCGAGAAGGAGAAGGAGAAGGAACGAGAGAAGGAACGGAGAAGUAAGCAAGAGGCAGAGGAGGACCGGGAGAGAAAGCGGCAAGCUUCCAUGGACGCCUUCGAGCAGGUGUGCAAGAGGUCCGAUCCGAUGAAGCCAGGAAGGAGAAGACAGGAAGAUGAUGAUGAUGACGAUGAUGGCUCUCCGAAGCCAAAUGCAGGACAGUGGCCAGGUAUGGGUAUGUUUAACCCCAUGAUGGCCAUGAUGGCUGCAGCCGCUGGGAACGGCGGAGGCUUCGCGAUGAACCAGUCGAUGGGGAUGUCCAAGGGCGCAGGGAAAGGCAAGGCUUCUCACCCGAAAGGCUACGACCACCCGACCGCGAAGGGCCAGGGAUGGGGCCCCGGAAGUGGUGCUGGCGGCUACAGUUCCGGCGGUGGGAACUACGGAGCCUGCGGGGGUGGCUACGGCGAUCACAGCGAGUACAGUCAUGGCCAGGGUGAUGGCUACACAGGUGCAAGUAGCCGGGGCAGCAACGCAGGUGGAAAGGGUGGGGCGGCUUAUGCUGGUUGUGGCGGUGGCUAUGGCGACGUGGGCGGCGGCUGUGGCAGUGGUCCUGCCGAAGACCGUGCGCCUCCGCCCUGGCGCAGUGCAGCAGCUGCGCGGCCACCCCCGCCGCCCACCAGCCGAGGCCCUGGAGGUCCUGGAGGCCCGGGAGGCUGUGGCUUCGGCAGUGAGGCGCACACAAAGGGUGGCCACUUGUUUCCGAAUACCGCUGGAACCAAGGGAAGUGGCUUUCUCUUUGGAAACAAGGGCGCAGGAUGUGCAGGCUUCGGCGGCAAAGGUUGGUGA